GCGUCCCCGCUUCUAGGCCCGGGCUAACAUGGUGUGGGGGAGCCGCGCGCUGCUCCGGAAGUAUGGCAACUUUAUAGAUGAUCUGAGAAUCUAUGUGAAAGGAGGAACUGGUGGAAUGGGGCAUCCUCGCUUGGGUGGAGAAGGAGGGAGAGGCGGUGAUGUCUGGCUUGUAGCCAAAGAAAAAAUUACCUUAAAGAGAAUUAAAGACAGAUUUCCCCAGAAACGCUUUGUAGCUGGAGCAGGAGCCAACAGUAGUGUUCCUGCACUGAAAGGUGAAAAGGGAACAGAUUGUGAAGUUGAUGUGCCUCUGGGAAUUUCAGUUACUUCCUGUGAUGGGAAACAGAUUGGAGAACUUAAUAAAGCAGGAGAGAGAAUACUGGUAGCUCGUGGAGGUAUUGGUGGCUGUUUGGUUACAAAUUUCUUGCCUUUGAAAGGCCAGAUACAAACAGUUCAUCUUGAUUUGAAACUUAUAGCAGAUGUUGGCUUAGUUGGAUUUCCAAAUGCAGGAAAAUCCUCUUUGCUAAGCAAGAUUUCUCAUGCCAAACCUCAGAUUGCAGAUUAUCCUUUCACAACAUUAAAACCUGAACUGGGAAAGAUCAUGUAUCCAGAUUACAAGCAGGUCUCAGUAGCCGAUCUUCCAGGAUUGAUUGAAGGUGCACAUGCAAACAAAGGAAUGGGCCACAAAUUCCUCAAGCAUGUAGAAAGAACCAAACAGCUUCUCUUUGUAGUUGAUAUUUCUGGGUUUCGGCUAUCUUCAAAAACUCGAUUCAGAACAGCUUUUGAAACUGUACUGCUUCUAACACAGGAGCUAGAAUUGUACAAAGAAGAGCUUCGGACAAAGCCCGCACUUCUUGCCGUUAAUAAAAUGGAUUUGCCUAAUGCACAAGAUAGCUUGAAUGAACUUCUGAAACAACUACAGAAUCCUCAAGACUCUUUACAUUUAGUGGAGAAAGAGCUGAUUCCACAGAGCAUCAUAGACUUUAAGGAUAUUAUCCCUGUAUCUGCACAUACUGGAGAAGGAAUAGAGGAACUAAAAACCUGUAUAAGAAAAUCACUAGCUGAAGAAGCAGAGAAGGAGAAUGAAGAAUAUCAGAAAGAGAAACUUCGUAUUUUACAGACUUCAGAAGUAUAACAUAAUUAAAGGAGGGAAUCCGUUCUUGGAUAUUGGAUCAAUCUUUAGGAACAUCUGAGUGGAUUCUAAAUUUGUCUUUUGUCAAGAAUACAGUCCUCAUGAGAUUGAACUCGACUUCAUAGUUCUGACUCUAUGCCACUAUCAAUUGUACCUUCUUGUUUUGAAAGCAAAUCUGGAAUCUUAUCUGACACACAUUGUAAGAAAGGGGCAGUUUAAGAAAACUGUCUAAGAAUGUGAAAUGAAUAAUAUGCAGAUGUACAGUGAAUUUUCUAAAACAAAUACAUAGUCUUUUAUACAAGUG